UUCUUCCGUCCUCGUUGACCAGGCGAAUGUACAGUAGCAGCAGUAAAACGAUGCGUACAACGACCGAAACAAAAAGAACAGGUGAAAAAAAAAAAAGAUAAAGAAAAUUUUAGUGAAGUAGGCUGUUUUGGACCUUUUGGUCUUGUUCAGUUAGCUGCCUCGGAGUCUGCAUAUAAGGUUGAGGAUUCUUCUGGAGGUUCUGUGUUAUUUCAAUUAUUGAGAUCAGCAGUUUUGCUGGGUUAUUUUUUUGGAGCUAAUAUGAGUUUCACGGGUCCUUCCAUGGGUUCUGGUGGUACAACUGCUAGAAGGGCAUUUGAGUUUGGAAGGACCUAUGUGGUUAGGCCCAAAGGUAAACACCAAGCUACUGUUGUAUGGUUACAUGGUCUAGGUGAUAAUGGAUCAAGCUGGUCCCAGCUCUUGGAGACUCUUCCUCUUCCAAAUAUUAAAUGGAUCUGCCCAACUGCUCCAACUCAACCUAUAACUGUUUUUGGUGGCUUCCCAUCUACAGCAUGGUUUGAUGUGGGAGACCUUUCAGAAGAUGCUCCCGAUGAUGUGGAGGGUUUAGAUGCUGCUGCGGCACAUGUCGCAAAUUUAUUGUCAACAGAACCGGCUGACAUUAAACUUGGUAUUGGAGGCUUCAGCAUGGGUGCAGCUACUUCCUUAUACUCUGCAACAUGCUUUACUUUAGGGAAGUAUGCAAAUGGAAAUCAGUACCCUGGCAAUUUGAGUGCGGUUGUUGGAUUAAGUGGCUGGCUUCCAUGUUCAAAGACCUUGAGUAACAAAAUUGAGGGGGUGGAAGAAGCUGCAAGGCGUGCCAUAUCCCUGCCCAUAUUGCUCUGUCACGGCAAAGGUGAUGAUGUGGUUCCUUACAAAUUUGGCGAGAAAUCCUCACGGGUUCUGGCUUCUACUGGAUUCCAGGAUGUGACAUUCAAGGCAUACAAUGGGCUCGGCCACUACACAAUCCCUCAAGAGAUGGACGAGGUCUGCACUUGGCUGACAUCCAAAUUGGGGCUUGAAGGUUGCUCUUCAUGAUAUCAUUAAAGAUUGAGCAACAGCUUGGAGAUUGGAGAUGAUGGAAAAAUGGAAGAUAAAAAUUAUUUACAGUUGCAGGAAACAAAACUACGUAGCCCAAGUGUCAUCUGGGUCUGUUGCUCGUGAUAGUUAGAUUUUGCUAUCAGUAAUCUGUUCUUUCUUUUGUACUUAAAAACUCGGGUGAAUUUCAUUUAUGAAUCAUGGGAUUGUAUA